AUGUCUUCUUUAAAUACUGCAGCAAGUCAGAAACUUUUAAGAGCACAUAACAUUUCAACUCAAAUAAAGGAAGUGACAUUUGAUGAUCUUCCUUUGAUUGAUGUCCAUAAAAAUAAAAGUCACCUUAGCAUUAAUUUGGUAAAAGGCACAACUGAUGUAGUUAUAUAUCAAAAAACUAAAGCAAUCGAUGAAAGAAUAAAUAUUAUACUUGUGAUAGAAGUAAAGAUGAACCCACAACAUCAGGAUCAAUUUCAGAUUAGCCAUGAUCUGGCUGAGUUUAGAAUCUUCACUACAGUUUUCAAUGAUUCACAUAAAGCUACAUCAUUUGCACAUAUUCUCCUUUCAGCACCUCAAAAAUUGACCAAGAUAAAUAUUCCAGAAAAUUUUCCUUUGUCUGAAAAACGUACUACAAUUAAGCAAAUUGAAAUUAUUUACAAAAAUGAUAAUGAUGUUGGAAAUUUAGAAGACUUUAGAGAAGAAAUGACAUCAGAGGAGCAAUCAGCAUUUGAA